AUGGACUCUUUCGGCCAUCCGCUGGUCCCUCCGGGCUGCUGCUGCUGGUGCCGCCGCCAGCCAUCCUGUGGCACACAACAACCUACUCCUCUCUCUGUCCCUACUCGGCCCAGGAUGAACUCUCCUAGAAGAAGAAGCACCCGUGCGGAGGGCGUCCGCUUCAGGCCGCCGGCAUGGGCUUGACCGCCUCUGCGGUGAGCGACGCCUGCUGCACGCGCAAGCCUGCCCCUGCCUGCUGAGGCCUGCAAAUACUGUGGGACGAUGAGGGGUCUUCAUCGUAGAGAGGCCGGACCGACGAGUUCGUGUUCCAAGCCUGGGCAUCGAGCAAUGUCAAGACACGUCUGAAGAUGGGCGGCAAGACGUUCGUCGCAGGCGUUUCCUCGCGGACGUCUUCGCGAAGUGCUUCACCACGUUGCGUUGGCUACGACAGCGCAUCAUCGAAGGGUGUGUGCCGCACGCAAUACACUGCUGUCGUGAAGUUUGAGGAGAGAUUUCACUCACCCUACAGCAGCAGUCGUCCCUAGGCUCGUCGCGCGUGCGCCCUCGCGUGUGGUCCUAAUGGAUUACUGCUGUCCAAGCACACUGUGGCUCGCGACCACCACGACAGGGCGACUACCUUCUGUAUGUUGUCGGUGAGGCUCCACCUGCAGGGCAACACGUCGACGAAACGGGUUGCGAUUUCCGCCCAAGGGAUGAAAAAUUUGAAACGUAGACCAGCCACGACGUUUUUGUUGGUAUUGAGAACUGCUGCAGAAAGUGCGCAUUUGUUGCCAUCAACCGUGUCUUUCGUAGUUUGCGAGCGAGGGAGGAGCCGACUCCUACGGAGUUGGCUGCCGCCGUUGCCCGUAGACACCUAACUCAAACGAGAACGAUGAUUGGUUCUACGGUAGCCCUGCCUCGGCCACCGCUAUGCGUUGUACGGGUGUUUUUUUUCCCCCCAAGUGGCAAGUCCCCGCGGACCGCAGGUUAUACCCUGCAUCAAGAAGCGGUCGCUGUGUCUGUGUGUGCAAUGUUGCUACCAUGUUCGCAGGACUUGUGUAAGAAUCUCAUCAGGGUCGUUGCGGUCUCUCCACCAUUAUCAAGACACAAGCGGACUUAGUUUUCAACGAGCUGUCCGGAGGCUUUUCUUGCGCAUUCUUUGGAAUACGUUUUCCGUCGACUCUCUGAAGCCGGUCGUUUUCAUUUUGUGAGGGCUUUGGAAUUCGUAUUUGGCGGGGGAAAUGAUCAAACUAGGGAAUAAGAAAAUUAACUUCCGGUGUCGAUAUGACAACGUUGUCCAAGUCUCUUGUCCACCGAAUGGAGGGAUCUCACAAUAGAAGAAUUCUUGUGGACGUACUUUGGUAUGCAUUUAUUUGAGUGUACUUUUAGGGUAAGUCAGCCUGCGACCACGGGAAUCGACUGCGUCCAGUGUUGGAUCAGUGCGGACAUACGAAGGUACUGGGUCGACAGAGAUCUGAACGGUUUAUAUGUGAAGACGACAUCAACAACAAUCCAUCCGCGCGGGUCAUGAUUGUUGUCCAGCCAGGGCUACUCCUCUACGGCUGGGAAAGGUUGUGAAAGCGGUCCCGCACCUUUCCGUCCACCAGACCGUCGCAGCAAGGGGUAUGUCGCAGGAUUGAUCGAAAACCAACAGACAUACGUGUCACCCUUUCCCCGAGGUACAGAUUCCGCUACCGAUAGAGUUGUUGUUUGUCUUCACAUUAAACCGUAUGUCAGUUGCUAAAUGCCAAAAUCUAGCAAAAGACUCUCAGCCCGUGGUCACGAAAGUGCUAGAGCCAUCUGAGGAUCUAAAGAACACGCACACAUCUGACGAGAAAAAGGUAUGCAAGAGCCCGAAGAGGUACACCUAAAAAUCCCUGCAGCACCGUAUGCGUGCCCAAAAACUGAACUGCACGUCCGUCCCACCGUUCGACUACAGUAGCAUCACCCCCUCCCUGUCCCACUCUAUACCAAAACGGAAGAUUGCCGACUACAGCAUAAUGCUGUCUGAAGUGC